AAUGAAUCAACAAUACUCAAGAGAAGAGCCACUUCCACUUUAAUCUGUAAAGCACAGAUCCCUCCUCCUCCCCAUCAACAGUCACCACGUGCUUCUCUCCAUAAUUUUACAAUUGUUUCUUCUAACUUCCGGAUUUCUUAAAUUAGUAUGUGUUCAUGUCAUGAGCAUUCGGUAAAUUUGUUUAUCUUUUCCUAGUAAUUCGUCUUCUGUUGUUUCGUGUUUCUCACCAUUUAUUACUCUUUUUUCCCAACGGGGUUCCAAUGAGUCUCGUCCGCAUGUCUGAGGAGGUUGCGAAGUGCAUCUUCCGUGCUCAACCUGGCCUACUUUUUCUUGUUUUCUCUGCAACUUUCUAAUACGUCGCUACAUUCUUAGUUAAACUUUGGCUUCUCUAUCUUCAAUAGUUUGUCUCGAUGGAGAACCCUGUAGAGGUCGUAAAUGCAGUUGGAUUCUCCCUUUUUAUGACAUGGUUCUUGGUAGAAGCUUUGAUACAUAGGAAGAGAGAUGUGGGGGAUGAACAGUUUAGUCACAGAGGUAUGAACAGAAAGGUUACGGUUUAUACAAAAAUCGUUUUCCUUUCCCACGUUUUAAUCUCUGUUACCUAUCUGGGUUUUUGUUUUUGUGAAGUUUGGAAGCUCAAAACUAUCUCUGCUGAAUCUGCUUUCCCGGCAAUAGCUUGGGUUUUGGUUACUCUGUUUGCAAUGUACUCAAAGAAUAGGACUGAUGUAGAAGAGAGGAUUUGGCCUUCAGUCUUUAUUUUUUGGUGGAUUUUCUCUUGUUUUCUCAAUGCUUUCUCUGUCGUCGUCUACCUCCUAACCCAUUUAAAACGCAAGGCAUUACCUGAUUUUGUCCUGGAGGCUAAUAUUGCCGACGUCGUUUCUUUUCCCUUAACCAUACUGCUCUGUUUCAGCGGUCUCCGUUCCAGCCACUCAGUCGGACCCCAAGAGCUCGAACGCUCACUGCUUCAGAAAGAAGACAAUAAUGUUGUCGGAGAUGUCAGCACUUUUGCCCACGCUGGGAUUUGGAGACGGCUAACUUUCCGGUGGCUAAACCCUCUGUUUGAGAAGGGUCGGACUCAAAAACUUGAACCGUCACAUAUUCCUUCAGUUCCUGAAUCCGAAACAGCAGAGCAAUCCUCUUCCUUACUACAAAAGUCACUUCGUCUACAGAAAACCAGAACUUCUUCUCUUCCGAAGGCAAUAAUCCAUGCUAUCUGGAAACCUCUAGCACUGAAUGCACUUUUUGCAGGGAUGAACACAGUUGCGUCUUAUAUGGGUCCAUUCCUAAUAGCAAACUUUGUCAAUUUCUUAGCGCAAAAGCGUGAUGACUCCAGUCACCGUUACGGGCUUUGUCUUGCGUUCAUCUUCUUUUUGGCAAAGACGGUUGAAUCUCUAUCUCAGAGACAAUGGUACUUUGGUGCUAACCAGAUUGGAAUUCGUGUCAGGGCAGCUCUUAUUACAUUCAUUUACAAGAAGUCCCUUUCGAUUAAAUACGCUGGUCCAAGUAAUGGUAAAAUCGUAAACUUGAUCAAUGUGGAUGCACAGAGAGUUGGAGAGUUCUUUUGGUACAUUCAUGGAGUCUGGUUGCUCCCUUUCCAGGUCUUUCUGGCUCUGAUUAUACUGUACAGAAACCUUGGAGGGGCUCCUUCUUUUGCUGCUCUCUUCACCACGAUCCUGGUGAUGGUUAGCAACACUCCAUUAGCGAAUAUGCAAGAAGCGCUGCACUCCAAGAUCAUGGAAUCGAAGGACUCGAGAAUCAAAGCUACCUCAGAGACAUUGAGGAGCAUGAGAGUCUUGAAACUGCACUCUUGGGAAACUGCCUACUUGAAGAAGCUCCUUCAACUUAGAGAAAUUGAGAGGAUCUGCUUGAAGAGAUAUCUGUAUACGUGCUCAGCUGUUGCCUUUCUCUUCUGGGCUUCACCUACCCUUGUCUCAGUCAUCACUUUUGGUGUCUGCAUUGUGGUUAAGACUCCAUUAACAUCUGGUACAGUUCUCUCAGCUCUAGCAACAUUUCGGAUUCUACAAGAACCCAUCUACAAUCUCCCGGAGCUAAUUUCUACAAUUGCUCAAACAAAGGUCUCAAUUGAUAGAAUCCAAGAAUUCAUUGGCGAAGAAGAACAAAAGAAGCUGAUAGCUAAUCAUACUGCAAAAGCAUCCCAUGUAGCAAUUGAAAUGGAGAUGGGUGAAUACAGUUGGGAAACAAGUAGCUCAAAUCUAAAGAAGCCCACAAUCAAAAUUCCUGAGAAGAUAAAAAUCAUGAAAGGUGAUAAGGUUGCUAUUUGUGGGUCAGUAGGGUCAGGAAAGUCUAGUUUACUCUGUAGUAUACUUGGAGAGAUUCCUAGGAUUUCAGGAAUAGGGAUUAAGGUGUAUGGAUCUAAAGCUUAUGUUCCACAGAGUGCUUGGAUUCAGACUGGUACAGUAAGAGAAAAUAUUUUGUUUGGUAAGGAAAUGAAUAGAGGCCUGUAUGAUGAAGUUUUGGAAGGGUGUGCUUUAAAUAAGGACAUUGAGUUGUGGGUUGAUGGAGAUCUCUGUGUGGUUGGAGAAAGAGGGAUGAACCUGAGUGGAGGGCAGAAGCAGAGGAUUCAGCUGGCCCGUGCCAUCUACAGUAAUUCUGACGUUUAUUUGCUAGAUGAUCCUUUCAGUGCAGUGGAUGCCCACACAGGAGCACAUCUCUUCAAGGAAUGUCUAAUGCAACUGCUGUCUCGGAAGACUGUCGUUUACGUCACUCACCAGCUAGAAUUUUUGGGUGCUUCAGAUCAUGUUCUGGUACUAAAAGAUGGGAAGAUCGUUCAAUCUGGGAAGUACAAAGAUUUGAUUGAAGAUCCCAAUGGUGAGCUUGUCAAACAAAUGGCAGCCCAUAGCCAAUCUCUAAGCCAAGUGAAUUCACCUCAACCACAAAGUUUUCCAACCUCUGCACCCCACCGAAGAGAUCAAAAUGAGGUCACAGAAGAAAAAUUCAAUGAACCCAACAAAAAUGGCAAAUUGGCAGAGAGAACUCAUGAGGAAGAAACAGGAUCUGGUCGAGUGCAAUGGCAGGUUUACUCAAAGUUUGUGACAUCUGCAUAUAAAGGAGCUCUUGUUCCAGUGAUCAUUCUCUGUCAAGUUCUCUUUCAGGGAUUGCAAGUUGGCAGCAAUUACUGGAUUGCUUGGGCAACUGAAAAGGAGGGGAGGGUGAGCACUGAGAAGUUGAUAGGAAUGUUUACCAUGUUGUCUGGCGGGAGCUCCCUGUUCAUCCUUGGAAGGGCAGUUUUGCUUACAACUGUUGCCAUCAAUACUGCUCAGAGGCUCUACCUGGACAUGAUUACCUCCAUCUUCCGAGCACCUAUUUCCUUCUUCGAUUCCACACCUACAAGUCGAAUUCUCAACAGGUCUUCUACAGAUCAGAGCACUGUGGAUACUGACAUUCCCUACAGACUAGCUGGAUUGGCAUUUGCAGUUAUCCAGCUCUUAAGUAUCAUUAUCAUUAUGUCCCAUGUUUCAUGGCACAUCUUUCUUCUCUUCAUUGGCAUCAUUGCAAUCUCUGCUUGGUACCAGGAUUACUACAUCUCCACUGCCAGAGAGCUAGCUAGAAUGGUUGCAAGCAGGAUUGCUCCAAUCCUUCAUCAUUUCUCAGAGUCAAUUGCUGGAGCAGCAACUAUCCGCAGCUUUAAUCAGGAAGAUAGCUUCCUUGCCAAAACUCUCAGCUUGAUUGAUGAUUACUCUAGCCUUGCCUUCCACAAUUGUGCUACAAUGGAAUGGCUAUGUGUUCGAAUCAACUUCCUCUUCAACCUUGGAUUCUUACUUGUUCUAAUAAUCCUAGUCAGUCUACCAAGGUCAGCUAUUGACCCAAGCUUAGCAGGGCUGGCAGCUACCUAUGGUUUGAACCUGAACAUUCUACAAGCUUGGGUGAUAUGGAACCUGUGCAAUGUUGAGAACAAAAUGAUCUCAGUUGAGAGGAUUCUUCAAUUCUCUAGCAUACCAAGUGAAGCCCCAUUAGUGAUUGAAAACUGCAGACCAAGCCCUGAAUGGCCAGCCAAUGGAACCAUUGAGCUCCAAAACCUCCAUGUUCAAUACAACCUGUCACUCCCCAUGGUUCUCAAAGGGAUCAAUUGCAAAUUCCCUGGAGAGAACAAGAUUGGAGUUGUUGGCAGGACAGGCAGUGGCAAGUCCACCCUUAUCCAAGCUCUUUUUAGAGUGGUGGAACCCUCAGAAGGAAGGAUCCUGAUUGAUGGAGUAGAUAUUUGUAAGAUAGGUUUGGAAGAUUUGAGGUCUAGAUUGAGUAUAAUUCCACAAGACCCAACACUGUUUCAAGGAACUAUACGAGUUAAUCUUGAUCCUCUGCAGCAACAUUCAGAUCAAGAAAUUUGGGAGGUUCUAGAUAAGUGUCGUCUUGCAGAGAUAGUAAGGCAAGAUCAGAGGCUACUUGAUGCACCAGUUGCAGAAGAUGGCGAAAAUUGGAGCGUGGGGCAGAGGCAGCUUGUUUGUCUAGCUAGGGCAUUGCUAAAGAAGAGACGGAUUCUGGUAUUGGAUGAGGCUACAGCUUCAGUGGAUACAGCAACAGAUAAUGUGAUUCAGAAAACAAUAAGAGAAGAAACAAGCAAUUGCACAGUCAUUACCAUAGCCCACCGGAUACCCACUGUGAUAGACAAUGAUCUGGUCCUUGUUCUUGAUGAAGGAAGAGUUAUAGAGUAUGACUCCCCAGCUCAGCUACUGAAAAAUAACUCAUCUGCAUUCUCAAGUUUGGUAAUGGAGUUCUUAAGGAGAUCAUCCAAAAACUAAUCAUCACUAAACUCCAACUUCAGACGAAGGAUGGAGAUCAUGCACGAAAGCUCUUUCGUGUUCAUCCUUGUGGUACAGAGAAAACAGUUGUCAAUUUCUUUGGCUUCAUCCUAAAGGAGAAGUAUUUGAAAAUCAAGGUGGAGGAACAUAAGCUUUGCAAACUGUCACUAAUUACUGAGGCCACAUGCAAAGAAUUGAAAUGGAAAAAGUAACACAGAACAAUGGCCAGAAGAAGAGCAACAAGAAUGGUUACACAACUACAAUGAUUGAAACAACAAAUAAAAGGAAAAUACAGGAUAAACAUGAGCUACACAAAAGAAAAGAGUUUUGUGUCAUAUAUUCUAACUUUUAGUUGAUACAGCAAGUUAUUAACACAGAAAAAAAGAGAGUUUUGUGUUAUAUCUUCAUCAUUGUCCCAAGACUCCUAACUGGCAUGGCAUUAAAAUUUGCAUGCAAUCAAAAAUUAUAAAUGACAAUACAUAUCUGAUAAUUUUGUACAAGGCUGCUUUUGUGGCUUUAGUCUGACAUGGAUGUAUCCCAGAAGUUUAGGUAUGGACUAGGAUUUAAGCAAACAGCUUUAUUUGCUAAAUAGCUAUGUAUUAUAUCGUGCAUCUUCAAGAGUAUAAUUUCUAAAUUGAAUUGUAUAAGAAAGCCAGGUGAAGGGAAUGCCCUUGGGUCCUCUCUAUUUGUACAGUUCUUUCAGUAAAACAAGAAUGCCCUUGGGUCCAGAUAUGCAGAGUGCAUAUCAGAUCUAUAUAGGCCAGAUGGCAUCUGCAAUUGCUUCUUGUUGUUUGA